UUCUCUCUCCUACUCUAUUCUAUUCCACCCCCGCAACGGAAACGCAUUCAUCUUCCCUGAGCCUGAGGGUUUCCAGAUUUUGUGAAGCAUCUCUUUCUUCUUUCACAUUCUACCACAAUAACGAGCAUUUCUGUUAGCGAGGAAUCGAACGUUUCGGAUCUUCUACCCGAUUCACACAGCUGGAUUUGAAGGUUGAAUGUGAUCGAGCUCUACUCGUUCGAGACGUGAAUUAUGUGUCUAUUUUUCCAAAUCAGAUUUGUUCUUGAAUAAAUAAAUUCUUUAUUACGAUAAUGGCGGCAGAUCCACAUCUCGCGAUGUGGUUUUGCAGCUUGAAGAGCCAGAUAAUCUGAAAUUCUGAAUUAGGUUGGCUUAUUACUCAAAAGUUAAGAUCAAGGAUCUGGUUAAGUUGUUAUCAACAGCUUUUUGAAGUCUGUAUUCUUUGUGUGGGACAUAUUGGGAGAUACACUGAGGUGAGGCAAAUUGGCUGCAGCGGUGGAGGUUUCAAUGCAACUUGCAGCUCAACUUAUUUGUGGUCGUGAGUUUGAAAACCGAGAAUGACAAUGUUGGAUCCUGGUGCAACUUCUAAAGGACCAAUGAGUGAUACAUUACCUGAGAAGGAUGAGAACGGUGGUUAUGCCAGUGGAGGAUGGAAGAGUGGAGAUGGAAGAUUAAGUUGUGGGUAUUCUAGUUUUAGAGGAAAAAGGGCUAAGAUGGAGGAUUUUUAUGACAUUAAGACUUCGAAGAUAAAUGGACAGUCUGUCUGCCUAUUUGGGAUCUUUGAUGGUCAUGGAGGCUCUCGUGCUGCUGAAUUUUUGAAGGAACAUCUUUUUGAGAAUCUCAUGAAACAUUCAGAAUUUAUUACGAACGCGAAACUAGCAAUAAGUCAGACAUAUCAGCAAACUGAUGCAGACUUCUUGGACUCCGAAAAGCACACUUUCCGAGAUGAUGGCUCUACAGCUUCAACAGCUGUUCUUGUUGGCAAUCACCUUUAUGUUGCUAAUGUUGGAGAUUCCCGAACUAUAAUAUCAAAAGCUGGAAAAGCAAUUCCGCUAUCUGAAGAUCAUAAACCAAAUAGAAGUGACGAGAGGAAGAGAAUUGAAAGUGCCGGAGGUGUUGUGAUGUGGGCAGGCACUUGGAGAGUUGGAGGUGUCUUGGCCAUGUCUCGUGCUUUUGGCAAUCGCAUGCUGAAGCAAUUUGUUGUGGCUGAACCUGAGAUUCAGGAGCAAGAGGUUGACCAAGAUCUUGAAAUGCUUGUGCUUGCCAGUGAUGGACUUUGGGAUGUUGUACCUAAUGAGGAUGCUGUCUUGAUAGCGCAAACAGAAGAAGAGCCCGAAGCGGCUGCUCGGAAGUUGACAGAAACAGCAUUUAGUCGUGGUAGUGCUGACAAUAUCACCUGCAUUGUCGUAAAGUUUAACCACCAGAGAGGGGUACCUGAGCAAACCCAGCAGCAUCUCAGACUCAGUGCUGAACCCUCGGAAACUCAGCAAAGUAGCAAACCAGAUGCUGAGGAAUCCCAGCAGAAACCCGUAGCAGAUCCACAGGAGACCUAACACAGUUGAUGAUUUUAUGGACACUUAAUUUGCACGACUUCCACAUGCAACCUGAGUAAUAACAUUUCAUGAGCUGAGGGGGGUUGUGAUUUAUUCAUUCAUUGGUUCGUUUCUUAAAGUUGUCUUGUAAUUUAUAUCGCCAGUGUGGUUGUAAGUCGAUGCUCAUGAAGGUGUUUUUCUGGGUCAAUUAAAUGAAGACUGGUAUAGUUGUUCGUUCAUCAUCUCUUAAAAGUUAGUAAUUUCCCACACUUCAAAUGAUAGUAUUUUGUAAUUCUUUUCUUAUACGAA